UCUUGUCACUCCUCAGCGACAUCUGUGGCUAUGGUAAGCCAGUGGGCACUGGCGACAGUUAAGACACCGGCGAUGCCCUCUCAUCUGGGACCCAGACACCUCCUCCCACUUCUCCCCAUCUUUCUUUCAUGCCUCCAGGGAACGGCUUGGCCACAUGAUUCCGGACGUGCUGCGGAUGACAAGUGUCCCAGCGCUGAGUGGAACCACAUGUGUCGGGGCUGUUGUGAGUACCACCUGAUACAGUGUAGAUGUCCCUCUCGGGGGGCACUGGUGGGCUAUUCAGUUCCCUGCUGCCGCAACGAACUGGAUCAGUGUGACCCCUGCAUCAUCCACCCUGGAUGCAGUCUGUUUGAGAACUGUAAGACCUGCCACAAUGGCACCUGGGAAGCUCAGGACGAUUUCUUCCUCCGAGGGAGAUUCUGUACGGACUGUCGUCAGGGCUGGGCAGGUGGUGACUGCAGAACAUGUGGAGGGGUGAUUCACAGAGCCCAGGGUCACGUGACGCUGGAUAGUUACCCCAUCAAUGCCCGCUGUGAGUGGAGACUGCAGGUGGAGGGAGGCCAGAACGUAGAGCUCAGGUUCUCCAUGCUCGAUCUAGAGCCGGACCACAACUGUCGCUACGACUACGUGGAGCUGCGCGACGGGGACCACCUGAGCUCCCCUGUCAUUGGACGGUUUUGUGGGAAUGAACUGCCUCCACCAAUUACAACAUCUGGAAGCAAGCUACACGUCCUAUUUGUCUCAGACGGCUACAACAACUUCGAUGGCUUCUUUGCAACUUUUCAGGAGAGCUCAGUUGCCAAGACUCAGAAGUGUGUGUUGCCGGCGAGGCCCAUGAACGGGAACCUCCUCCCGAAAUAUGGGACGGAGGGGGAGCUCCUGGCCGUCCAGUACCUGUGCCACCCCCCCUACUCACUAAUUGGCUCCCUGCAGAGGACCUGCCUCCCCAACGCCACCUGGAGUGGCACCGCGCCAGCCUGUGGAACGGCAGGCCGAGGACCUGUCGGAACCGGUCAGAGGGGUGCUGGGUCAGACCCGGUCAGCAGGGCGUGCCCACCCCCACCCAGGCUUCACCACGGCUACGUCCGUCUAGCCGUGGGUUCUGGUGGAGGUCCGGACACUGUGGAGUACUUCUGUGACACCUCCUAUGUCCUGAGGGGAGGCUCCAGGAGCACGUGUCUCCUGAACGGCUCAUGGAGUGGCCCACGCCCGCUUUGCGUGAGAGCCUGUCGAGAGCCUAAGGUAUCUGAGCUGGUGAGACAAAAGGUUGUGAAAGCCCCAGCCAGGCCCAAGGUCGACAACCCCAUCAAGCCUGGCCUGGAACCAUCACCCUCAGGGCCUCCGCCCAGCAGAGGAAACCCCGCCACGGGCGAAUUGCCCCACGGUUUCCACCACCUUUCCACCACCAUUGAGUAUGAGUGUAUCUCGCCCCUUUACCAGCACUAUGGCAGCCCACGGCGCACCUGUCUAAAGACGGGCAAGUGGAGUGGGCGUCAUGUCUCCUGCUCACCAGUGUGUGGUCGACUCCCAGCAGCCUUCAGCCCGGGGAACAUCACUGACAUCUUCUGGCCCUGGCACACAGCUGUCUACCUGCGCUCCACCAGCACCCGCCGUCCCGGCCCCGGCCUACAGGGGGCACCAUCUGAGGCCCCUGCUCCCUGGCAGCUGAUGUGCAGCGGAGCUCUUGUCACCCAGCUCCACGUGGUGGUGGCAGCACACUGCCUGCUGGCGUCAGAAGGUGGCGAGCCGCGACGCCUGGAUCCGGCCGACAUCAGAGUGGUGACGGGAGCGGCCAACUCGGGCCAAGUAAAGGCACUGCAGCGUCUGCGGGUUUCCUCUGUCCUGGCCCAUCCAGACUUUGAUCCUGUGACACUGGAUUCAGACCUGGCUGUUGUGAGGUUGCAGGACAAGGCCAAGAUCAGCGAAUGGGUGCUGCCCGUGUGUCUGCCCAGAAUGCAAGGCGGCGAGCUGACCACUCUGCAAGGUUACACCACUGGCUGGCUCCUUGCACCAGACCCACCACCCAGAUCCAAACCGGGCACAGAUCCUGUGAGAUCCUGGACCAGGAUGCUCGAUGUUGGGGACGUGAUGCAGUGUGAGAGGCAGUUUGCUCAGAGCGGGGUCCACGUCACCCUUACUGAUAAUAUGCUCUGUGCAUUGCGCCACCCUCUCAAUCCUGUCAGGCAUUGUGCAGACAUCGCAGUCGCCCAGUCUCCCGCCACUAAACCUUUGCCGGGUUCCGCGGGGGGACAGAGGGACAAUGGAGUUGUCUGGGAGCUUCUGGGUUUAGCGAGUUUCGGCCGUGAGAAGUGGAACUGCGGGCCAGGGCAUCACACGGUUCACACGCGGGUGGACAACUUCAGGGACUGGAUCCAGGAGAACAUCCGGUAGAUCUCUGGAGACGUGGACUCGCGUUUCCCCCACUUGUCAGCCACCGUCAUUGACAAUCAGUUUCAUCAACUCGCAACUCACUUGCCAUGCAGGUUACCAAAAAUAGAUAACAAGGCUAAGUGCUUGGCAGCGUAUUCAGCUGAGCCGAUUUCAGUCUACCUAAGACGAGAUGUGAGGAAGACAUUUGUCAUCCCUUGGUUGCUGGGUGUCUUGCAGAAUAUUUGUAGAAUAAUAACCAAGCACUAUUGUAAAUUAGUUUUUAUCUACCACCCGUCCACGGGAAAAGUUGUGACCUCUACAUUUCUUUUGUCAUUUGUUAGGUAAACUUAAAUAAUAUUUCACUCUGAUUUUAUUACUUAAUUCAAACACGUCGUAUUUCAUUAGACACAGGGCCAGAAUAAUAAUUACGCCCAUGCCAUAACCACGUCCUGGACUCAUCUGGGCUCAAGUAUCAGCUUUUUGUACGGUUUAACCAUUUCAGUAACAGAACGAUACAUUUUGCUCUUCAAUCUCAUGUAUGUAUAGUAUGUUUCCACGCAUGCACCGCCAUAUGUGUCACACAUGGAGCCCCUUGUAGGCAGUAGCCCCUGAAGAAGAAUGGGUGUGGCCCUGAUCGUCCGCGGUUCCGUGUGUGGGCCUGCGUGAGCCGCCGUGCAGGGUGUCAAACACAUGCUGUCGGUCAUUCAGAAACGCUUAGAGGAUUUGCCGUCCUGAUCCCCGGUUGCCUCAGAGCCAGACACCUCUGCUCGCCCCCGGCUUCUCGGGACAGCGCGCCCGAACAAUACUGCGUUAAACCGUUGCAAUUGUAAUCCAUUGGCUUUUCAUGACCCCUCUCUCCUCGCCUCCUUCUCGAAACCCCAACGGAGGAUGUUUGAAGGGUCCAACCUCUGUCUCAUCCAAUUGGUGUUCAGAUGGAAGCGAGGGGCGAUGCCGGGAACGAAUUAAAUUGAGAUUCUUCCCGUGUAUGUUACCCAGCAGCUUGUGGAGACGCCGCCAUACCUACUGUGGAUAGAAAGAAAACGUGUGGUUGAGACGAUAGGUUUAACAUGUGCAUUAUCAGUGAUUCACAUAAUACAAAAUAAAUAAAUAAAAAUCC